AUGAAAGAAAAGUUGUCAAUUACAGGUGGAAAGCAUGGUCACUCGAUUGCCAACAUGGACAGCCUCAUGCCAUGUUUCCACCCAGGCAACCUCCCUCCCCAGCGAUCGCAACCUCCCGUCAGCCCGACCUACAGUUACAUACCUGGGCAAUAUUGGCAGACUCUGGAUUACUAUAACAUGACCGUAGGCAUCUGCUCUGGGAUGAUGACCGAAACCACCGAAGUGCCUCAGACUUUCAUGUCCAACUCCCACCACAAUAGUCUAGUCAAUUUCGAAGACUCGAUAACGAUGGUCGGCUCGCCAAUGGAGUCACUGCCGCUGGAUGCAAUCAGCAACCCAGAUACUGAGCUGCUUCAGCACAUGCAGACCGACUCCUCCAUUCAAGAGAGCCCCGCCACCGAGAUGGAGAAUUCAGCACAUUCACCGCGAAGCCAUCGGCACCAUCAUUCCUGCAUGUCCUGUGACCGUGAAAAGAGAGAGCGACGAAAAGAGCAGAAUCGCAAAGCACAACGAAAUCACCGGCUACGGAGUGAAGAAAAGCUAGAGCAGCUUAGGUCUAAGGCUCAGUUGCAAACGGAGGAGAUCGCAUCACUCAAAGAAGCCAACCGGUCGCUGAGGAAGCAUAUCGAGAUGCUGACGACGAGUAGAGACAAGAAUGGAGGAACCACGGGCUCUGGU